AUGAGCGAUCCACAGCAAAAGAAGCCAAUUGUGAUCAUCACGAUUGGGAUGGCCGGGGCGGGAAAGUCAACCUUCGUACAGCGAAUAAAUUCGUUUCUUCACGCAAAGGACUCCGAGAGGCCGCCGUACAUCCUCAAUCUCGACCCAGCCGUCACCCAAGUCCCGUUCGAGGCCAAUAUCGACAUAAGGGACACUGUGAACUACCAGGAGGUCAUGAAGCAAUACAACCUGGGGCCCAACGGGGGGAUUCUGACGGCGCUGAACCUGUUUACGACCAAGUUUGAUCAGGUGUUGAAUCUAGUAGAGAAGAGGGCGGACGAUGUCGACUAUGUAAUUCUGGAUACGCCAGGGCAGAUUGAAAUAUUUACUUGGUCGGCGUCGGGAGCGAUCAUCACCGACGCCGUAGCAUCAUCCUUUCCUACAGUCGUCGCAUAUGUGGUGGACACUCCUCGCACGACCGCCCCUGCCACCUUCAUGUCGAACAUGCUCUAUGCUUGCAGUAUCCUUUACAAAACGAAGCUCCCCUUCAUCCUUGUUUUCAACAAAACGGACGUCCAACCUCAUGAGUUUGCGUUGGAAUGGAUGCAUGACUUUGAAGAGUUCCAAGCGGCUCUGGCAACACAUGACGGGGCGCGCGACUCGGAGGGCGAACCAACCUAUAUGAACAGCUUGAUGAACAGCAUGAGUCUCGUGCUGGAUGAAUUCUACAAGCAUCUGAAGGCAGUCGGCGUAUCCAGCAUGACUGGCGAUGGGAUCAAAGAGUUCUUCGAUGCCGUCGACGCCUCGCGGGAUGACUACGAAAAAGACUAUCUACCAGAACUUGAACGAGCACGUGAGGCGCGCGAAAAGUCCCUCCGUGAAGCCAAGGAAGACUCGGUGAAUAGGCUCAUGAAGGACCUUACCGUAGAUCGUGCCAAUAAUCCCGCUGCUGCGUCGAACGAUCGAUGGGAUCCCGCGGAGGAGGAAGACGACGACGACGACGAUUUGGAUGUGAAUAUCAUUGAUCGCAGCGAAGAUCCGUGGCCGGGUCAGUAUAUGGACAUGAAUAGGGCCAGGAGACCUGGGGGAGAUGAAAACAUCAACUGGCCUCGGCCAGGCUGA